UGUAGCUUUGACACAGAAGAGUGAGUGAAUGAGGGGGAGACACAGACAUAGACUCUGAGGAUCAUACAUGUGUGAUGAAGUACAAAAGGGUAAGAUUUAUUUCUUACCUCUUCUUUAUUUCUUCUGAACACUGAAACUCAGUUGUGGCUACGACAGAGGGGCUACAUCUGGACCCCGCGGGGCAUGCGUGAAAUCAUUUCUCUAUUCCUGCAAUUUAAUGUAAUGCCUUGCAGAUGGUACUGUGCACGGGUGUGUGCGCGUGCGUGUGUGUGUGUUACAUGAGUAAUAACUCCUACAGUCGGGAGCAGAGGGAGAGCGAGCAGGAGAAAGGCAUGAGCCACAGACUGUGUGAGCACUGAUAUCAAAAAGUAAACUGUACAAAAUACAUAAGCAUGGCUCGACGAGUGGAACUAAAGUGUCCCUUGAUCAGAGGAUACCGAGGGGGGGGGGGGUUCCACCAGACACGUGGGAUGGCCUCGGGGCCAGAGAGAGGUCUGCUUGUUGAAUAUUUUUCUUGUUGGAGUCUCAGGGUGAAUGACAUCACCACAGAGAGAAAUUUGGCCUGGUUCCAAUUAUUUUCACAAUUUCUUGUCAACAUGUUCUUCUCACCUAAUGUGGAGAAAAACAGAAGCUCUGCAGGAACGUGUAGGUCACAAGCAAAGCACUGUACACAAGAGGCUUUGGGUUGUGGUUGAUUGUGCGACGUGUGGCUAAAAGUACACAUAAGAGGUGACGCAGUCCCUGACAGCUAUCACCUUACUCUACCUUGUUGGGAUUGGCUGACAUUGAAAUAGGCUCCCAGCUGCUGGUGGGUAGUUUGUCACUGGUGUUUGGAAGUAUUCAAUAGCUUUCUCAGCUUGAAGAUGUCUCUGCGAAUGAAGCAAAGAGUCAUUCAUAAACUGGUAGAUGUGGACAAAAAUAGAAGAAACCACUUUGUUGGCAUUUUUUUUUCAUUUAUUACAUAUAUGACUGUGUCACAUGUUUACAGGAUCAAAUAUUUCAGUUUUGUUGGGUUUGUUAUGUAACAAGUCCGUUUGAUUUGGUGUGAUCUGGUCCAAGUAUUAGCCCUUUAAAAGUGUCUGUAAACAUUGUCACUUUUACUGAGAAGUAAAAUGAAUACUUCAAAAAGCAAAUCAAGGUAGUAACUAAGAAACACUUAUUAAAAUGAAAUUUAACUUCUCUGUACAGUAAAUAAUGGAACUCGUAAUGUGUCAUGGUUAAAACAGGUCGGGCAGGUAGGCAUUAAGAUAUAGUGAACUGAAAGGAGGCUGGAAUUUCUCUCCUUCAGCACUGAGCCGAGCUGCAAGGUGAGUUGUGAGCUGCUCUUCGGUCUGUGAAGGAGUGCGCUCAUGCUGCCGUGCGCCUCGCCUCGCCCCUCCCAUCCCUCCGCUUAAACUCUCCUCUGUGCUCACCAAUAAAGCGCUUUUUGUCCAGGGAGUCGGCACUUGAGCGCAUUCCUUGACGUGGAGGUCGCUGUACCUCUCAGAGGAUUUGAUGAAGACCGUGCGUUGUAAGUUUAAUACGUUCACAGAUUUUUUUUUUUUUUUUUUAAGAGAGGGCAUAUUCGCAAAACUACACGGUCUGGAGUUAUAUCGGUGAACUGCUCUGUCUGGAUAAAGACACAAGCGCGACUGCGCUACCAACUUUACUUCUUCCAAGUUCUGGUGAAGGAAGAACUGAAACCAAGAAAAGUGGAGCUGGAGUAGAGGAGGAAGCUUCUUCACUGGGCUGAGCAUGGAGAGAGAAAGAGUCUGCACCAUGAAGGUCUUUCUCACUCCGCUGAUGCCCUUUCUACUCCUCCUCAUUUUUCCUGAUGGCAUCUUGUCCAGCGCCUGCCCAAACGAUUGCACCUGUUCCACACCAGAAUCCAUCUUAUGUUUCCUGAGACGUUCCUCCACCAUUCCCAAAGGAGUGCCCUCAUACACGAAAAGUCUCUACCUUUUUGCUAAUGGCAUUGAGGGAUUGACAGCUGAGGACUUUGAUGGUAUGGAGAACCUGGAAAUGCUGGACCUCAGUCAAAACAAAUUGACUGAACUUCCUGAUAGGGUGUUUGAACCUUUGACCUCUUUGAGAAACCUGGAUUUGUCAUCCAACCAGAUCACUCACAUUUCAGAGGAAUGUUUCCAGGGUAUGGCACUGCUUGAGCGCCUUUAUUUGUAUAGCAAUCUUAUCAAGACCAUCCAUCCUGCAGCCUUUAAUGGCUUGGGGCACCUGCUGGAACUCAAAAUACAGGGCAACCAGUUGACAUCCCUGCCUGCUCUCUCAAUGCCCCGUCUGCUGCUGCUUGACCUUCGCUUCAAUGUCUUACCCACCUUGGGUCCUUCAGACCUCCAGACCCCAAACCUAGAGUCACUUAAAUUGGGUGGUGUGGGACUCACCAGUCUGAAUAAGGAGCUCAUAGGUAGUCUUAAGAACCUACAUGAACUUGACAUCUCAGGAAACCAACUUGAGUCCUUCCCCUCGGUGCUAAAGGAAACCAAGGGACUGAUUCACCUCAGCCUGGCAGGGAAUCCGAUGGGUCCUCUGAAGGUUCAGGACCUGCAGAAUCUUGGCGAGCUGCAGGACUUGGACAUUAGCAGCCUUAGUCUGCAGGGCCUCCCCGAAGAGUUCUCCCAGCUCUUCCCCCACCUCAGAAAGCUCACAGUAGCAGAGAAUCCCUUCAACUGCCUCUGCACCUUAGCGUGGUUCCCAAGAUGGCUGAGAGCCCAGAGCAUCAUCCUGGAGAGAACAGAGGAGACCCGCUGCCAUUUCCCACCUAUUAAUGCUGGAAAGGUAUUGGAAAGACUGGAGCACAGGGAUUUUGGCUGUCCUACCACAACAACAAUCACCACUAGUACUGUCAAAACUACUACUACCCUGCCUGUUCCUGUCACUACCUUGCCAAGUACUACUGAAGCUAUUCCAGCGCCCAGGGCCAGUGAUGACCCCACAGACAAAGAUGAUGACUCUCUCCUGCCCCCUGUUCCUGCAUCCCCCAGCAGCAGCAGCAUUGACCUAGGAGAGGAUCAGCAUUUCUGUCCUUCUCACACCUGUCUGAAUGGGGGUACUUGUCGUUUGGACCAGCAUGGUCAGGUAGAAUGUACCUGUCCUCAUGGCACUUCUGGCAUGUAUUGUGAAGUCCAAAACCAUCACCCGCCUUCACCACCUGAAGAUGCAAUCCCCAUGGCAACUGUGACUGCAGAUGCAACUGACAUCAGCUCACAUGAAGUAACGGCAACCUCAAUCUUGGUGGACCUUCACCGCUAUACUGAAAUGCGGCCUUACAUCCGUGGAAUUCGCCUAACCUACCGCAAUCUCUCUGGGCCAGACCGCAGGCCAAUUCAACUCAGCCUGCCUGCAUCCUUCCCAGAGUAUAGACUCAGAGGACUGAAGCCGAACUCCACUUACACUGUGUGUGCCAGUCCACUAGGUGCUCCUAGUGACAUAGAUAGUGUCUGCACUGAGGCCCAUACAGCCCCUGAAAGCAUCAGUGGUCCUGAUGCACGGGUUACCGACCCAAGGCUGACCACUAUGCUGGCGCCUGCAGUUGCCAUCUUGCUAGUUCUGGUACUGAUAGCAAUUGCAGUGGGAGUGGUAUGCUAUCUUCGCCGGAAGAGGGCCAAGGGCCACUUGGACUUAGAUUGUGAGCCCUCCCAGUUAGAGUUGGAUGGAGUUAAGGGUGGCUUGGACAAUGGGGCACUGCCUCAAAAACAGCCUCAAAUUAUGAUCCCUGAACCUGCUGUUCAGAAUGGCAAUCUGGAGUAUGAGGUGUUGCUACUACAGGAUCACUGCACAUCAAAUAACAAUAUGUCUUCACACAAGCCUUCCUACUUUUGACACAUGGCUUUGACUUCUCAGACCUAAAGGAGGAUUUUCAUUCUUCAGCUCUGUUUUUCCCACUGGUGAAAUACAGAGAGCAGCCACUGCUGUUGUGAAAGUGGAGGACACAGUAUCAGCAAGCCAACCAGCAAAGGAGAAACUGACUUAUAUUUAACUCAGUCCCCUGUCUAAGUAGACAUUAAACAUAUUGAAAACAUUUGUUUGGACAUCAAAAGGCAUUUAAAGUGCCUCUACUCCAUUUACAUGCUGUAUCCUGCUUCAAUAUUUCUUCACUCACACUGCUGGACUGGUAACCUCUCAGCUUCCAAGCUAUGACGCUGGGACAAAUGAUGCGUUGGCAUUGGCUGAAACCUUGGGUUAAGGGACAUAGUGACCCCAUGCCCUCAUUUAUUUGUUCAUAAAAGGAGUGUGCACUGAAAUGGGGUUGUGCUGCCUUUUCCCUGUUACAACAGCCUAGCUUAACACUAUGAGCAAUUGUUUUUGCUGCAUGUUGUAACUCUUCAGUACUACCCCAAAGAGAAUGAAUGACCUUUAAGAUACCAAAUGAAGUCGUGCAGAGAAAAAAGCUGAUGCUUGCAUUGCUUUAUUUGGCUUUAAAAAAUUUUGUGAUGCUUGUUUUGUUUUGUAUGUAUGUUUUUUUUAUACUUGUGUCUUUAUGAUAUUUUUAUUGUGCAACUUUGUGACUGUUAACAGCCCUCAAUACCCCCCCAACCACCUCUUGUGACUAACAGACAAAACAGCAGAUUAAAAUCUUUGAAGAUUAAAACUCGUUUGGUACCAGCAAAGUCAAUCAAAGGGCUUUGCCCCCAGAAUGUCAGACAGUCUAAGUAGAUGUUAGUCUGGACAGACUCAAGACUAAAUCCCCCUUCUCCAUUCUGAAGCCCUCAGUCUGCUUUACCAUCACAAAGGGAGAAGGUAAGCAGGAUUACAAAAGGUACAGGGAGAAGCAGUUGAAUGAACUCCUUUUGUUUCAGUGCUGCACUAGGUUUAAUUUAGUUUAGAGUUCGCCUCAGUUACAGUAAACACUCAUGUGACUUCACCACAGCAAACGAGAACUUAAGAGACUUUAUUUAUUCUUUAUAUUCCCUACAAGGGAAACUCUGUUUUAUCCCUCAACCACAAUUCACGUACAACAUACUACUUAGCCUGGCCUACAACAAGCAAAGCAAAUAGUGGUUGUGUAUUGUGUUUCUCUUGAGUAAAAAUAGCCUUCUCGGCAUAAUGCUGUGCACAACUUCUCCUUGGCAAGAAGGGUCCCACUUUUGCUCACUUGCACCUAACCAGACUGUGGACAGGCCAGACGCACAAUGAAUUGUUGUGUAGAGGACAAUGUGAUUUGCAAAGUGGAAGAUUCACUGGAAGGUUAUUAUGCAGGCAUAGUGCUUAGAUUCAAAUCUGUGAAUACUCAAAGUAACUUUUGUGUGUGUGUGUGUGUGUGUGUGUGUGUGUGUGUGUGUGUGUGUGUGUGUGUGUGGAGCUGUCAACCUCUGUGAUAAUGCAAGUACGUGUUCCGGCUUGUGCAGGGACGUGCAGACAUCAAGUUACUAUCAGUCACCCCCUCUAUGUGCCCACAUGCCUAGGAGUACAUUACGCCCCAAACAACUCUACCUGUGGACAAACACACCAAAGACACAUUUGUGAAUAUCUGUAAAGUUACCUACACCAUUCCCACAAUUAACAGUUCCAUGCUAACAAGAUGCCCUAACAACCCACACAAAAAACAAUCAAGCAACGCAACUGGAAUAUUUGUCUGUAAAGUAGAAUACAUUGAAGAUAACCAAAAGUAUUUUCGAUGUGAUUGUUAAUUUUUCCCUGUUUAUUUUGGGAAGCUCCUUUUUGUCAUUACUUGUUUUUUUAAUUCUGUGAACUUAUUUGUACAAGUGGAAAAAGUGAUAUUAUCAUUAAAUGAAUAUCCAAAAUAAAUCAGUCA